AUGGAUCGUAUUACAAUCCUGUUCAUCUCGCCGCUGCUGAUUAUUUCCACCAUCCAGCCGCCAGCCAGUAGUGCGGAUGGCAGCGUCCUAUCAGCAGUGCUGACUCCAUCUGCUGAAGGACCACUACAGCGCCAACAGCGAAGCUACGAGUACUACGAGCGCUACGGCUCGCGUAGACCGCUGUACGAGCGGCCGGACUACGGCGGCUCGUGUGGCAGAUGCGACGACAGAUACGACGACAGAUCCGACGACAGCGACGAAUACGACCGCGGCCGCGACAAAUACGACGAAGACCGACGGCCCAGCCACCGGCCGACGACGGGCGGGAGGCAUGACAAGAAGGACUACGACGAUGACAGAAGAUACAGCACCGAUCGGAAAAGCACUCAGAAGAACGAGACUGACGAAGACAGCGACUCGAGCAAAAGACCGUACGACGACAAGGACAGACAUAGUGGCGGCAGACGGGGCCACAGGGACAGAGACAGGGACAGAAACAGGCAUGACGAUAGAGACAGAUACAGGCCCGAUUACUACGACCGCUUUCUAAGGGACCCGUACAGGGAUAGAUAUGAAAGGCCGUAUUACGAGGAUCCUUAUAGAGAGCGAAGGCCUUACGACAGAUAUCCGGAUAGAUAUGACGACGGGUAUAGCAGAUAUGACGGGUAUGGAUACACGGGGUAUAGAAGGCCUUAUUAUGACGAUCGUUAUGACAGGGGUGGCGCGUAUGACCCGUAUGGGGGGUACGGACCCAGCGUUGGAAGAGGACAACACGACAGUUUCAGGCCCUGGGACGAGACCUACCGAGGGCAGGCGGGCUGGGACGCGGGCGGCCGGGGCUACUAUUUCGCUUCGGGGAGACCAGAGACCUCAAGCCAGUACUGGCCUCGCCAGGAGUACGCUAGGCCGCAGAGCACUGGUUGGCAGGGCGCGGGGUAUUCCAGCGGGUACAGAGACCCUGUAGCAGACUACAGGGGCUCAUUCGGCUACGCCCAGACCGGCGGUUACCGGCAGGACCUCGGUUCCGGAUACGGCCAGUCCAGCGGCUGGCACAGCGUCGGGGAGCGGAGACCGUACCGAGACCAAAGUGGCGUCAGUCAAUUGGAUAAUAGCAACGAUGGUAAAUACGGUCAGAACGAUAACCGUCAACCGGUAUAUGGACAGUACAGCAAUAACCAAGCUGGUUUGAACAUUUAUGGCUCGAGCAGCACUACGCCUGGUACCAGUUAUUUGUACGAGCGGGAAGACGAUAUUGUGACAGAUAAACCAGCUGACGACUCCAGUAAGGCGCCAUCU